UUCUGUAAAGUUUCUCAAUAUAAAAAUCUUCCAGGACCAAUUUUUAGUUUACCAAUUAUUGGUUAUUUACCAUUUCUUGAUCCGAAAGUACCAUAUAAAACAUUAACAAAUUUAUCAAAACGUUAUGGACCAAUUUAUGAAAUAAAACUUGGAUCAAUUAAUACAAUCGUCUUAUCUGAUGCCAAUUUAAUUCGUGAUAUAUUAAAAAGAGAAGAAUUUACAGCUCGAGCACCGUUAGCUUUAACUCAUGGUAUAAUGGGAGGCUAUGGUUUAAUUUGUGCUGAGGGAUUACUUUGGAAGGAUCAAAGAAAAUUAUCAAUUGAAUGGCUUAAACAUUUAGGAAUGAUUAAAUUUGGAUCAAAUAGAAAUUUUUUAAUAAAACGCAUUGAAAAUGGAGUUACCGAAUUUAUUCAGACUUUAAGAAAUGAUUCCUUUAAAAAUCUUGAAAUCAAUCCAAUGGAUUCACUUCAUCACACUGUGGGAAAUAUUCUUAAUGAUUUAGUUUUCGGUAGAAUAUAUUCAAAAGAUGAUUCGACCUGGAAAUAUUUACAAUAUUUGCAGGAAGAAGGCGUUAAGUAUAUUGGAGUGUCCGGUGUUGUAAAUUUCUUACCCAUAUUAAGAUUUCUUCCAGGAAACCAAAAGAUUAUAAAAUUCCUUUUAGAUGGUAAAAGGAAAACUCAUCUCAUAUAUGAUGAGAUCAUUGAAAAUCGUUUGAAAAAAUUUCAAAAUUUUGAUGAACAACAGCAACAACAACAAUUUCAAUACCAACAAACUAACAAUCAAACAAACGAAAUGAAUGACAACAUUGAAGAUUUAAAUAAUUUAUGUAUUUUAGAUUUAUUUCUUAAAGAGAAACAUAAAAGAGAAUUAAAUAAUGAUGAAAGAACAAAAUUUUGUUCAUCAGAACAAUUAAGACAUUUAUUAGCUGAUUUAUUUGGCGCUGGUGUUGAUACAACUUUAACAACAUUACGAUGGUUUCUAUUAUAUAUGGCAAAAUAUCAAAAUUACCAGACAAUUCUAAGAUCAAAACUGAUGUAUUUAGAUAAAUGUGAUUGCCUUGACAUUCAAAAAUUAGAAAAUAUACCAUUUUUGAGAGCAUGUAUAUCGGAAACACAACGUAUUCGAUCAGUUGUACCACUUGGUAUACCACAUGGAACUAUUAGAGAUACUAUUAUACAAGGUAAUCUUAAAAUAAAACAAAAUUCAAUGAUAAUUCCAUUGCAAUGGGCUGUCCAUAUGAAUGAAAAAAUUUGGAAUGAUCCAGAAACAUUUAAUCCAUAUAGAUUUAUUAAUGAAGAAGGUCAUUAUAUUAGUUCGCAAAAUUUUAUUCCAUUUCAAACAGGUAAACGAAUGUGUUUGGGAGAUGAACUGGCUCGUAUGAUCUUGCUUUUAUAUGCUGGAAGUAUAUUAAGAAAUUUUAAUUUAAGUUUGCCACCAUUUGAAAACAUUAAUUUCGAAGGUGAAUGUGGAAUCACCUUAACCCCACCAAAUCAUACAUUUAUUUUUCGCGAA